AUCGUCUUCGUCUCCUUGUCUCAAUCCGGCCUUCAAAUGGGCGAACCGGAGAGCUACAGGAGUGGCCGCCUCGGGGUUGUCGAAGGGCGCCGCCGGGUCGGGGGGAGGGCGAUGGUGGUGAGGUCGUCGAGCCUGGAGACGGCGGCUCCGGUCGUCGGACAGGUGACCGAUGUCGACAAGGACACCUUCUGGCCCCUUGUGAAGGGCGCCGGCUCCAAGAUCGUCGUUCUUGACAUGUACACCCAAUGGUGUGGACCUUGUAAGGUGAUGGCUCCUAAGUUUCAAGAAUUGUCUGAGAAGCACCUUGACGUUGUAUUUCUUAAGCUUGACUGCAAUCAAGAAAAUAAGCCCCUUGCUAAAGAGUUGGGUAUAAGGGUCGUCCCGACCUUCAAGAUUCUCAAGGACAGCAAGGUUAUAAAGGAAGUAACAGGGGCCAAAUUGGAUGAUUUAGUUGCUGCAAUUGAGACGGUAAAGUCAAGCUGACAUACUUCAUAUUGAAAUUGGGCACUCCAGAUAAUAUGGAAGAAUCUUUUAGAAAAUUUUAUAGAAACGCUUUGAUCAUCUGGAAUGGUGUUCCUUGGCUGUAAAGAAUGGUAUAUGCUACUCCUAAUGAUAAAGAUAUGGAUAAUACUGAAUGUGUUCAUUUUACAUUUUACUUCAGAUUAAGAAUAUGAUGCACCAUCAUUUCUCACU